CGCAUUUCUCACACAGACCUGACGGCUCUGGACCCGAAGCCGCCGAUCUUCUCAGAAAUGGGCAGGAGCGCCACGAGAGGGUAUCAGAGUGGAGGGAGCUGUCGCCCACACCAUCGCGGGGAUUUGUUGUUACCCGUUACUGAACUUAAUGUCUUUCGUGGACUUUAGCCAAGUACGAUGCUACUUUACUCGUCUGAUUGAAGCCGUUUGACUUUACGGGAGAGUUCUGCUUCUGCCGGGAGGCUUGCGUGUUAAAGAAGAGCGGGAUCGCGCUUGUGGAUAACGGAGGGGACGACUUUGGGUCAACAUGAAUUUUACGGAGUUCUAUGUAAAUUUCGGUCACCUGUUCCCUAAGAAUCUGUCCCUUCUCAGGCACAUUAACAACCCCAGCCUUAAGGAGUCGCUCGCUAUGACGGAUGAUGUGCUGUUCUCUGGCCAUGAACCUGGCACCAUCGCGCUGAUCGUUAUCUACGCGCUCUCCUUUAUCGUCGGGCUCGUGGGAAACGUCAUGGCUCUAAGGGUCUUAACAAAGAAAAGACGGACACAGCUCAUCGGGGUCUCCGCAACACGCAGCCUCCUCAUCAACUUGGCCGUGUGCGACAUGAUGGUGUUGUGCAUCUGCAUGCCGGUCAAUCUCGGGCACCAGGUGUACAAAGCCUGGGUCUUUGGGGACUUCUUGUGCCGGGCAGUCCCCUUUGUGCAGGCUGUAUCUGUCUCCGCCAGCGUCCUCAGCCUGGCAGUCAUCAGCCUGAACCGCUUCUACAGCGUCCACAACCCCCUGAACGCCAGGUACUUCUUUACGUGGAGGAAGAUUUGCUGGAUGGUCGGGGUGGUCUGGACGCUCUCCUCAGGGCUUUGUGUUCCCCUUGCAUUUAUGAAUAAGACUAAGCGUUUAGAACUACCAGACCGAAAGCAUGUGAUCGAUCUCUGCGUGGAAAAUUGGCCUUACUUCAAGCUCAGACAAGCCUAUAACUUUCUGCUCUUUUGCACGCUUUAUGGCUUUCCGGUGCUUUUCAAUCUCAUCAUCUGCUUUCUCACAAUUCGAAAACUGUGGAACCCUGACGACAAACUGAAAGAAUACAACAAGUGCACCUUUGCUCAGUUGGAGUCACGACUGAAGGUACGCAAAAAAGUGGCCAAAAUGGUGGUGGCCUUGGUCGUGCUCUUCACGCUCUCAUGGUUGCCUCUUUAUGUGGUGGACAUUUGGAUCGAUUUGAACCUGCCAAAUGGGCCUUUGGCUGAGGACGUCGGUUUUGAGCAGGACAGACACGAGUGGAUUGUCCACCUUCGACCUUUUGCACAGUGGUUAGGGCUCACCAACUCGGCCCUCAACCCGCUGUGCUACUGCUUUGUGGGGAACUUGUAUCGAUCUGCAAAGAAGUUUCGAAGAAGCUACGGGAAAAAAAUGUCCUCCGUCUUCAACUUGUCCUUGUCACAAUCCCAGGGCAGCACUGCCACCCCGAUGCUGAUCUCCUACAGAUACGCGCACGAUAACCCGGGUCUGGAAGUCGGAGGCUGGAAGGAGUGUGACGAUCCAAGCAGCCGCCUCACGAAAUCCAAAAGCAUCUCCUCGGUGACCGUGUGCGAAACCGUGUUCGGCUGAGUGCGGUAGGCUGCUCUGGAGGGGAAUUUCGGACCAAGUUGUGUGAAAUAUGACACUAAACGAAUAACAACAACGUGAAACGUGAGUAUAAAUAAUUACUCGUGCCACUAAAUAGUCCGAUGAUUCCUUAUUUCGUUAUGUGUUUAUUUCAGUGACAUGCGCGCGUCAUGAAAUCAGCCCUGAAAUGAAAACUGUCAAAUUUGAGAGGGCGGGUUCUAUCGAGUACUGUGAUUUGAUUGGUGAAUCAUCCGGUAACGCGGAGGCAAACCUGCAACCAUCAAGUGUCAUAUUUAGAUUUCAGCGGUUCCUCAAGACCCACUGUGGUUUUCAUUCCAGCCAAAUUCACAAUUAGUAUGGCA